GUUUCACUUCCGGUUUUGCUGGGAAUCCUCUGUUUUCCCCAGCUCUGACCCUCGGUAGCUGACAAAAUGAACCGAUUCUUCGGCAAAGCAAAACCUAAGGCGCCGCCACCCAGCCUGACAGACUGCAUCGGCACAUACUCGGCAUAUCCUUCCAGAUUUGUGAUCCCAUCAGUUUGUGUGGAUAUUGCAAGAUCCCAACCUUCUCAUCCUAUGAGACUUUUGUCCAGGUCUUUACACAUUUCCUCCAUUGGGGGGGACUGAAGAUUUAUUAAGCCCCGGAUAAAUGGUGAUUGUUGAAAUGGGAAAGGUUGAUAGCAGAGCAGAAUCAAUUGACAAGAAGAUUUCUAGACUUGAUUCAGAACUAGUAAAGUAUAAAGAUCAGAUAAAAAAGAUGAGAGAAGGACCUGCAAAGAAUAUGGUAAAACAGAAAGCCUUGAGAGUAUUAAAGCAGAAGAGAAUGUAUGAACAACAACGGGACAAUCUUUCACAACAGUCCUUUAAUAUGGAACAAGCAAAUUAUACCAUCCAGUCAUUGAAAGACACCAAAACAACGGUGGAUGCUAUGAAAUUAGGUGUAAAAGAAAUGAAGAAAGCAUACAAACAAGUCAAAAUUGACCAAAUUGAGGAUAUACAAGACCAAUUGGAAGAUAUGAUGGAAGAUGCAAAUGAAAUCCAAGAGGCGCUGAGCCGGAGUUAUGGAACCCCAGAGAUUGAUGAAGAUGACUUAGAGGCAGAAUUGGAUGCUCUUGGUGAUGAGCUCUUAGCUGAUGAAGACAGCUCUUACUUAGAUGAGGCAGCAUCUGCACCAGCAAUCCCUGAAGGUGUUCCCAGUGAUGCAAAAAACAAGGAUGGUGUACUGGUGGACGAAUUUGGACUGCCACAGAUCCCAGCUACAUAGAGCUGUCUUUAACAGUACGUUGUGUAUAAUAAACACAAAUUAUGGAAAACUGGGAAAUAUUUUGCCUUUCCAAUGUCAGCAUAAUCAAUUUGUAUAUCCUUCUUUCCCUGGAAAAAACUGUUUAGUACACUAAUUUUUUUCAUUUAGAGAACUGAUUCACUUAAUAGGAACUUUCUUUAUAUAAUAUUUUAAAAUUCUUUCUGUCUUACAAAAGAAAAACUUGUAAAAUAUUGAUGGUUGUAUAAGACUUCUGUUUUCAUUUAUUUAUAUUUCUGAAAUAAUUAAAACCAAGGAUGUGUGAUUUCUUUUAAUUCUUUAAUUUCCUCUCAGCUUGAUAAAAGAAGUGAUGUGUUUAUAAGACUACUUCCUUAUCAAGAUUAUUAAACUAUUUUGGACCAUUCUUGUAAUUCUUACAAUAGUUCAAAUAUACAUACUAUUGUGAAAUCAGACACUAAUUUAAAAUAAGUCUUUAAUUGAGAUGUAGGUUUUGUUGUGUCUUCAUGUCAGUGAAUCUGGGUUUUCUUCCUAUGCUUUUCGUCUUAAACCUGGAUAAAAUUUUAAUUCCAAGGUUUCCUCAGUAUUACAGUUGUAAUCAUUAAUGGAAUUAUAUCCUAACACUUAAAUGUAUUUAUACUCAAUAAAUAUUUUUCAAAAGGAUAUAAUUUAAUAACAUUUACUUUAACCUAAAGAUUCCACUAAAAAACAAAAUUUGCCAAUGACAAUGUGUGGUGGACAGUGACAAUAUAGUAGAACAUUCACUAGAUUGGGUGCCAGAAGACCUGGACUCUAGGUCUGUGUCUGCCAGCUGACUAGCUGGGUGACUUUGGAUUAGUCAUUUUAUUUAUCUGGGCCUUUGUCAUCUAGUCUAUAAUGUGGAGUUAAUCAUAGCUUUCUUGCCUAUCUUACAGGGUUGGUGCAAAGAUUAAAUGAAUUAGUAUAGGAUUUUAAGUUUUAGAGCUGAAAGGGAUCUUACAGAUUUUCUAGUUUGACCCCAUCAUUAACAGAUAAGAAAAUCAAGGCCUAGAACAGUGAAGUGAGUUGCCCAAGGUCUCACAGGGAAUAAGAAGGAAAACUGGAAUUCAAACCUGAGUCUUCUAACCACAAAUCCAGUGUUCUUUCCACUAUACCGUGCUAUUUCACAUAUGUAUUCAAUAACAUAUGGACAUACUCUUUGUAAAGUACUAUACAAGCAUAAUGUUUUUGCCACAUUAUAGGUGCUCAAUAAAUAUUUGUUGAAUAAAUUUU